AUGGAUUCGUGUGGUCUUAGUAUCUUAGAUCCGCCAUCGCGGCUCGGGAUGCAGUCCCAUGUUUCAAGGAGUUUCAUGUGGCCGAAGGAGUGUGUGGCGGAGGCGGAAGGAGAGCUGGAAGCGCCGCUAGUUGACCUGGAUGGCUUCAUCAGAGGCGACCAAGACUCCACCCGUCAUGCCGCCGAGCUAGUAAGGCAGGCCUGCUCGAGGCACGGCUUCUUCCAGGUGAUCAACCAUGGAGUGGAUUCGCGUCUCAUCGAUGAGGCCUAUCAACAGCUGGACGCUUUCUUCAACCUCCCGCUUCAGAGGAAAUUAAGCAUUCCCAAGACUGCUGGGGCGAUGUGGGGCUAUUCUGGUGCUCAUGCUCAUCGUUUUUCCCGCAACCUGCCUUGGAAGGAGGCCCUCUCUUUCCCCUUCCACCGAACUGAUGCCUCAGAGCCUGUGGUCUCUGACUUCUUCACUUCCAACAUAGGACAAGAUCUCCAACAUGCUGGGAAGGUAUUUCAGGAGUACUGUGAAGGAGUGAAGGAGCUAGGGUUGAGGCUGAUGGAGCUGCUGGGAAUAAGCCUGGGGGUGGAGCGGCGGCAUUACAGGGAGUUCUUUGAAGACGGAGAGUGUAUAAUGAGAUGCAACUACUAUCCGCCAUGCCAGCAGCCGGGUCUGGUGCUUGGCACGGGACCGCAUUGCGACCCAACUGCCUUAACAAUACUUCAUCAGGAUCAUGUCGGAGGCCUCGACGUUUUCGCAGAUAACAAGUGGCAGAGGGUUCCUCCUCGUCCUCAAGCUUUCGUUGUCAAUAUUGGCGAUACUUUUUCGGCACUAUCAAACGGGAGAUACAAGAGCUGCGUACACAGGGCUGUGGUGAAGAGGUACCGGGAGAGGAGGUCCAUGGCAUUUUUUGUGUGCCCCAAACCAGACAAAGUUGUGAGAGCCCCCCAGGAUUUGGUGCUCAGGGACGGCUCCAGGCUGUACCCUGACUUCACAUGGUCCGAUUACCUUCUCUUCACUCAGUCCUUCCACAGAGCCGACCACUCCACUCUCCACCACUUCAUUCCCUGGCUCCUCUCCUCCAAACCCACCGCUUAG